CCAUCUAAUAAGAAGUGUAUCAUAAAAACUACCGUAUAUUAAUCCGUAUAUUAAUGAUUGUGUAUACACACUGAGAUUAUUGCACAAUAAAUUCGAGCGUGUGUAAUCGACCCGUUUGGUGAUAAUGUGAUGUUAAAAUUGUAAGAUAAAAAGCCACGCGCAGUUAGUUAGUUUGAGCACGUUCUGCACGCGACACGAACGUGCGCAACCAGCAGUUGUUCAGCAUCAUUCGACGAAAACUGUGCGAUCGGCCACGAAGACCAUCUUCAAGUUGCGUUUUUAACAUGAACGGGAGAAUUGUGCAGAAUACAUGCAUUCUCGUGCUUUUCUUCGUCGUCACCGACGGUUUACUCAGUAGUUCCGAGCCGCUGGUCGACACAAAAUGGGGUCCGAUUCGCGGAAAGUGGAGCAAAAGCAACGGAGGCCGAGCGAUUGCAAAUUUUCUCGGGAUACCGUACGCGAUACCACCAGUAGGCGAGUUGAGGUUCAGAAAUCCGCAACGAUGGGAUCGCGCGUGGACGACGGUUCGCAAUGCCACGAUCGAUGGUUCAAGCUGCAUUCAAAAGAAUAGAUUAACCGAUGAAUUUUCUGGCAGUGAGGAUUGCCUUUACUUAAACGUUUAUGUUCCUCAUAUUUCGACCAACCAGCAAGGAACUGCAAACUUGUCGGUUUUGGUCUUCGUGCAUGGGGGUGCAUUUUUCGGCGGUAGCAGCGAUAGCCAUAUGUACGCACCCGUUUAUUUAUUGGAUAGAAAUGUGAUACUCGUCACGCUAAAUUACCGACUAAAUGUGUUAGGAUUUCUUAGCACGAUGAACAAAGUUGCGCCAGGCAAUUACGGCCUCAAAGAUGUAAAGAUGGCUCUUGAAUGGAUACAAGAGAACAUUCGCAACUUCGGAGGAAAUCCCGAAUCGGUAACCAUUAUGGGACACAGUGCCGGAUCCGCGAUCGUGAAUUUUCUCGCUCUCUCGAAUAAUACGGAAGGACUUUUUCACAAGUACAUUUUGCUCAGCGGUAGUGUUGUAAGUUCGUGGGCCGUCAGAAUUAGUAAGAGCUAUAAACAAAUUGGUUUACGAAUGGCGAGACUAGUUGGCUGCCUACCGAAACGAUACGAAGACCAAGUUAUGACCAAUAAACCAAAGACCAAAAGUAUUGAGAAAACCGGUAUUUCAUUUAAGAACAUCAGCUAUACCGAGGAGGACGACACGGAGAUGAUAAAGUGCAUGAGAAAAGUGGAUGCGAAGAAAUUAGUGAAUAUGAUAGACGAAUAUCAUGUUUGGAGAAAAAACCCGUGGAUCGUCUUCAAUCCGGUGGUGGAGGAUGAUUCGGAGGAUGCUAUCAUAACGAUGAAUCCGAUAAAAGUGUUGGAAGAGGGACGAUUUCGCAGUAUGCCAGCAAUUAUACAAAUCGUGAGAGACGAAGGCUUGAUGAAGUCAAUCGAAUUUAUUACAAAUCCCGUUAUCAAGAAGGAGACAUUGGAAGACUUUGAUAACAUCUUCUCAAUUAUUGUGGAAUAUCGCGGAAAUCCAGCGGAUUUCAACAUGACCGCGAUAAAGGAAUUUUAUUUCAACGGAACCUUCACGUCGAAUUCUGUGCAAAAUUUAACAAAUUUGAUAAGUGACUACACUAUAAUAUGGCCCGUGUUCCGACUUGUGAAAUAUCUGUCGAAAAUGAGCAACUCCAGCAUUUACUUUUCUUUUUUUUGCUACGAAGGCACGUUCUCAUCCACCUUCGCUUACAAUACAACUUAUUUCGGUGUAGCCCACGGCGACGAUCUCGACUAUUUAUUUCCCAAUUGGAAUUACGUGUUUAGAGAUUUAAAGUUGCACAAUACCAAGGCUGAUUACGCGAUGAUUGACGUCAUGACGGAAAUGUAUGCGAAUUUCGUGAUAGAAGGAACGCCGAGAGCCAGCAAGGCCCCCGAGUGGCCUGACUAUCGCGAGUAUCAGCGGUUCAUGAGAUUCGGAAUUGACAAGUCGCCGGAUAUUAUGGUGCAAGCCGAUUUCCUGUCAGACAGAAUGGAGUUCUGGGAGAAAUUGAUGGCAGACGUACCGGAAACGGAACCGAUAGAAUAUCUGUUCACCGAUCCACCGCCGACGCAGAACGCGAUCACCCUCAGCAGAGAUGAUGCGAAUAGUUGCAAGUUAAUACCUCACGUUAUCUUAUCAAUGCUUGCGUUGUGUUUAUAUUUAUAAGUUUAAAAUUACAAACGUAACAUACAAAAAACGUUUUGUUUUGAUAAUGAAACAAAACAACGAGCUUGGCAAAUUUUUUUUCUUCUUUUUCUGCUGACGAUACAGUAACCGAUCAUCUUGCAAUUGCAGCAAAAAUCUUUUUCCGUGUGUACUUGAUCGUGAUCUAUAAACGAGAACUAAGUAUGUACGUGUGUAUCAAAUACAUAUGUAUCGCGAAAAAUUGUAAACCAUAUGCGAGGGUUCGUUCGAGUGGUUCGAGACGUAUUUGCAGUUCGAUGCACCUUCCGCAGAAACUGGUUUAUUUGUGCUAAUAAAAAGUAACGACGACAGUAAA